AAGCGCAUCGCAUCGGUGCAUUUUGUUUUUGUUUUCGUAACGGCUUUUAAAGAGCUUCAAUCGGCUAACCAAGUUUAUUUUAUAAAAAGUUGUAGUUUUUACAUACAAUUUCAUCAUAUAAAAAUUCUAGACUGUGAAGUAAUGCCUCGCCGAGUUCGUCCGCCUCAACGACACGUGACUGCAGCAAAACUCUCAACAUUGAAGCCCAAAGCGGCAGCGGAAAAAGCAGCAGAAGCAGCGCCUGAGCCGCCAGCAAAACCAGCAAAGGCGCCGAGCCUACCCAAGCAACAAAAAGUUUCGGUACCACCACGAGCAACUAGACGAUCCCGUUCCGAGUCGCGAAUUUCCAGCAACAGCAGCGACGACGACUACCAGCCAUCGAUUCGCGUCCGAAAUGCUUCCGAGUCGCGAUUCGACCGCAGCCGGCAGGAUGUGCAAAUUCUGCAGGACAUUCACCGAUUGCAAUCGACCACGCAGCUGCUGAUUCCGAAGUUGCCUUUUGCCCGGGUCAUCCGGGAAGUGCUCAUGCAAUACAUGUACCGAGACUUUCGCAUCACCCCGGAGUGCCUGUGCGCCAUUCAGGAAGCGGCCGAAAUGUACAUGGUGCAGGUGUUUGAAGACUCGUACCGGUGCUGUCUGCACCGAAGCCGGGUUACUCUGGGAGUGCCGGACAUGAAGCUAGCCCUGUAUCUGCGGGAGAAAUGGCGCCCGUAAGGAGACAUCGUGCAUUUUAAAAAUAACUUUUUUUUUUCUAGUAGCUUUAUGAGGUUAGUGUGAUUUUACUAAUGCCGGAUUUUUUUUACUAACUUACCUACUGCCUAUUGCAUUGCAUCAGUAACUCCCUAUUGUGUGACCAAUUUUGACUGCCAAUAAAUGACUGACUUUUGUGACGUGUGUCAGUUCCUGA